UCUCUCUCAGGUGCCUUCCCCUUAUUCGGCAAAAAACACACCCACACAGAAUCUUUGCCGACUACUUCUCCUCAACCCCAAACCAAACCAACCUGAGGACUUUUAACCACGGUUCAGAAUUAACCCUAAAUCAGAGUUUAAGCUUUUUAACCAGAGUACAUUCAUGCAGUUAGGAUUUAGGAGAGCCCAACAACAAAGAACGAACAGAGACAAAACCCAGUUCCUCUAACCUCCAUACUUUUGCUUUAAACAAAGCAAAGGCCAAAGCUUUUUAUGGUUUUUUUUUUCCGGGCUCUCAUUAUUGCUCGUGAAAUAACUGGCUGUUUGUUUUCCGGGAAAAAAAGAAGUCUGUCCCUCAGUUGAAACUCUCACUUUCCCGGGAAUGGUUCCAGUGCCAAAGAAGGACUCUUCUUGCUUUGCUGCCUUAUCCAAUCAAUUCCUCAUGAUCCCAUUUUGCAUGCCGAAACUGAUGAAGAUUGAGAUGGGUUUAGGAGGUGGGGUUUGGAAUGAUGGAGAUAAGGCUAUGGUUGCUGCAGUUUUAGGCACUCGAGCUUUCGAUUACUUGAUAUCGAGCUCGGUUUCUUCGAAUGAGAAUUCGUGCAUGGGUAUAGGGACUGAUGAAAAUUUGCACAAUAAGCUCUCGGAUCUUGUGGAGCCUCCGAAUGCUUCAAAUUUUAGCUGGAAUUAUGCAAUUUUCUGGCAAAUUUCAAGGUCCAAGUCUGGUGAUUGGGCUUUGUGUUGGGGGGAUGGUUCUUGUAGAGAGCCUAAGGAGGGUGAAGAGUCUGAAGCCACAAGAAAUCUCAAUCUUAGGCUUGAGGAUGAGACCCAGCAGACGAUGAGGAAGAUAGUGCUUCAGAAGUUGCACACUUUGUUUGGGAGCUCAGAUGAGUAUAAUGGUGCUCUUGGAUUAGACCGGGUCACUGAUACAGAGAUGUUCUUGCUUGCUUCCAUGUAUUUUUCGUUUCCAAGAGGAGAAGGGGGCCCUGGCAAGUGCUUUGCGUCCGGGAAGCAUGUCUGGCUCUCGGACUUGUUGAAAUCGGGGUCAGAUUAUUGUGUUCGAUCAUUUCUUGCUAAGUCUGCUGGAGUUCAGACAAUUGUUUUAGUCCCAACAGAUGUGGGUGUCGUUGAAUUGGGUUCAGUGAGAUGUGUAGGGGAGAGUUUAGAGUUGUUGCAAUCCAUAAGGUCACUGUUUUCGACUCAGUCCUCGCUCACGAGGUCUAAGCCCCUGACAGGGUUCCCCGUGAUGGGAAAGAGGAGAGAUGAAAAUGCCCAGCUAACUAAUUUGAGCCCUGUGGAGAGAGGGGAAGGAGUUCCCAAAAUUUUUGGGCAAGAUUUGAACUCAGGGAACUCAGGCCGGCCUCGUUAUAGAGAGAAACUUGCCGUUAGAAAGGUGGAGGAGAGGCCGUGGGAUGUGUACUCAAAUGGGAACAGGAUUGCAUUUUCAAGUCCUCGAAAUGGUAUUCAAGUUUCAAGUUGGCCGCAUAUUCAUGAUGCGAAACAGGGGAGCCCAACUGAGAUGUAUGCUUCUCAAAGUCCUGUGAAUAAUAUACAGGAGCUUGUUAAUGGGGUCAGGGAUGAUUUUCGUCUCAACCAUUAUCAACCACAGAAGCAGGUACCCAUGCAAAUUGACUUUUCUGGGGCAACUUCAAGGCCUUCUGUGGUUGCGCGACCCGUUGGUGCUGAUUCUGAGAACUCAGAUGCUGAAGCUCCAUGCAAGGAAGAGCGGCCAGGCACAGCUGAUGAAAGGAGGCCGCGAAAACGGGGCAGGAAGCCUGCAAAUGGAAGAGAAGAACCCCUCAAUCAUGUGGAGGCAGAGAGGCAGCGGCGUGAGAAGCUGAACCAGCGGUUUUAUGCUUUACGAGCUGUUGUACCCAACAUAUCCAAGAUGGACAAAGCAUCCUUGUUGGGAGAUGCCAUUGCUUACAUCAAUGAGCUCCAGGCGAAGCUUAAGAUGAUGGAAGCAGAUAGGGAGAACCUCGGGGGCACUUCAAGAGAUGCGUCAGCUUUGGGGGCAAAUCCAGGUAUCAGUAUGGAAAACCAGAGCCAGGCACCUGAUGUUGAUAUUCAAGCCGUGCAUGAUGAGGUUGUUGUAAGGGUGAGCUGCCCUUUGGAUUCCCACCCUGCAUCAAGAGUCAUCCAAGCAUUCAAAGAGGGACAAAUCACCGUUGUUGAGUCAAAACUUGCCGCAGCAGACGAUACUGUGUUUCAUACGUUUGUCAUAAAAUCUCAGGGAUCCGAGCCGUUGACGAAGGAAAAGUUGAUUGCAGCAUUUUCCCGGGAAUCCAACUCCUUACAGUCAUUGUCAUCGGUUGGGUAGCAGGAGAAUUGCAAUUAACAUAGUCCAUAGGUAUAGUAAGUGAAGAACCCAUUUAAAAGUUUCUUCAGAGGUUUUGAUAUACAGCCAGGGAUCCUGAAAAGGAAUAGCAUUGCUAGCUAGAAGUAGAAAAAAUAACUACCUAAUGACCAAGUAGGGGGAGCAAAAUUUCUAUGAUUGUUUAUAGCAUACAUAUUCUGUCCUAAGUAUUCUUGCAAGGUCGAUUACAUUUGUAAGUUUAACCGACUCUAAAAUUGUUGGUUAUCAAGAAGCUCAUAGAUUUGUUUUGUUUUUUAAAUGCUAGUUUCGUUGUUUUUCUUUUUUGUUAUUUGCUCCUCGUAUGAAUCUUACCAUAAUUUUUUUAUAUAUCAUAAUGACUGUUAUUUCUACUGGA